AUGGCAACUUUAAAUGAAAAGAAGACCUGCAGUGAACGGAUGGAAAAUUUCCGUCGUUUUGUCUGGAAUCCAGAAACAAAGCUCUUCAUGGGAAGGUCCUUAAUUAACUGGGUCUGGAUCAGCCUCUACUACCUGGCUUUCUACGUGGUGAUGUCAGGGCUGUUCGCACUCUCCAUUUAUUCUUUAAUGAGGACAAUUAAUCCAUAUGAACCGGAUUACCAAGACCAGCUGAAAUCCCCAGGUGUAACAUUACGACCUGACGUUUAUGGGGAUAGAGGACUACAAAUUUAUUAUAAUGUAUCUGACAACAAAACCUGGGAAGGUUUAGUGACAACUCUUCACACUUUUCUGGCAGCGUACACGCCAUCUGCUCAGCACCUGAACAUCAACUGUACCAAUAACACAUACUUCAUCCAGGACACCUUUGAUGGCCCGAACAAAACAAAACUAUCCUGCAAAUUUACAUCAGAUAUGCUUCAAAACUGCUCUGGCAUCACUGAUCCAACUUUUGGAUUUCCAGAAGGGAAACCCUGUUUUAUUAUAAAAAUGAACAGGAUUGUUAAGUUUUUCCCUGGCAAUGGCACUGCACCAAGGGUGAACUGCACAUAUGUGGUAAGGGGUGAGGAGUCUCACACGCUGGAGGUGGACUACUACCCCGUGAAUGGUACCUUCAACCUGCACUACUUCCCCUACUAUGGGAAAAAGGCUCAGCCCAGCUACAGCAAUCCUCUGGUAGCUGUGAAAUUUCUCAACAUCACACGGAAUACAGAACUUAAAAUAGUGUGCAAAAUCAUUGGAGCUGGAAUUACCUUUGAUAAUGUUCAUGAUCCAUAUGAAGGAAAAGUGGAAUUUAAAUUGAAAAUAGAAGACUGA